UAACAAGAACCACCUGAAUGAACAAAACUCUCAAAUAAGAAAAAAGAGAAAAAAAAAAAUACAAAAUUCCCAACAGAACACAAUACUUUUCUUUUUCAUCUCCUCACAAUUCAAAUCUUAUUCUUAAUAUAGAUGAUUUGAUUAGAUGUGUUUCUGCAUGGGUUUAGUUUUUUUACAUUGACAUUGCUUUGAUUGAUCAUUACUCUAAUAUCGGUUUCAAAUUGAGUAAAACUGAAAAACAUUAUGUGGGAUUUUUGUAAAGUGGAAGAAUUUGAGGCAAGCUUUCAAAGGUGGCUCUUUUGAGAAAAGUUUGUGUUUGGGGUGUGGGAAAAUACCCCAUUUUGAAGAAAUGAGAAGAGAAUUAUAUGGACAGAUUGGUGGGUUUUGAAAGCCAUGGUACUGAGAAGAAGAGCCUUUCAAUAUCAUGUGAUUGUUUGUGUAAUUUUGCUUUGUGCAUUUGUCAUUAGGGGCUCACAAAAUAACAGGAAAACGUUUCAAACAAAUGAAGAUGGUCAUGAUACACCGGAAAUUCACCAAAAAAUGGCAGAACAGAUAUGGAUUCAUUGCAGAAAAUUGAUUGAUAAAGAUUGGGAUUUCACCACCCCACAUGAAAUUACAAGAAGUACUAUUCACAAACCAAAAAUUUCACUUCCUCCAAACACAAAAGAAGAAAUUUUUGAUUGCUUAAGAAAGAAAUUUUUUCUAUUUAAUGCUUCAGAUAGAGAAGCCAUCCCAAGUUGGUUCUUGAAGUGUGUUGAGUUGUUCUUUGGUUGGUCAAAUCCUCCUAGAAGAUAUUUGACAGCUACAGCUGUUCAAACAAUAGUAAGAUCUCAUUCACCAAAGAGAACAAUAAUAUCACAAAGCCAAUCAAUACAACAUGAUGAGCCAUCACCUUCACCUUCACCACCCCAAGUUGAAGCACCAGACCCUUUUUUUAGACAAGAUGUUAUUGAUUUAACACCAUCAAAUUCUCCCCUUGAGCCCUCUCCACCUAAGGCUCCUGCAGACUUGCCUUCACUAGAUUUUAUUGAUUCACCUCCUCCUCUUCCACCAUCACCACCUCAUAAACAUUAUGCUUCUAUUUCUCAAUCAGAGAAAAAUAAUGAGAAUUCAUUGAAGAGAAUCAUAUAUUUUGGAACUGCAGCUGGGAUAAUACUUUUAGUCUUUUCUAUGCUUCUAUGUUGUUGUUUCAAGAAGAGUGUUAGAGAUGGACAUAAAAGGGAUGAGAAACCUCUUCUCACCUUGACCUCAAGUGAUUUUUCUGCUGAUUCAUCACAGAAAUCAAUUAGUAUAGGAAAUGCCAGCAACAAAGACUUAAAGACUAGUAGUGGAAAGUUUUCUAUCAGUUUGUCAAUGAAAUCUGAAAAUUUUGAUUCCCCACUUGGUGAAGCAACAUCAACAGAAGCUUCAUUAUCUUCACUUAAAAAUUCUUCAGAGAAACCAACUCCUCCACCUUCUGGGCCACCGCCGCCCCCACCAGCUGCCACGCGCCCUCCUCCACCGCCCAAGGCUCGCCCUCCACCUGCUCCACCGAAAGCCAUUCCUAGUAAAGGUCACCCUCAUCGCAAAACACACAGUGAUGAUAGUGAUGCUGAAGCUAGAGCUCAAAAGGCCAAGUUAAAGCCUUUCUUUUGGGAUAAGACUGUUCUCACAAAUCCUGAUCAAUCAAUGGUUUGGAAUGAGAUCAGUGCAGGAUCAUUCCAGUUUAAUGAGGAGAUGAUAGAGACUCUAUUUGGUUAUAACAAUGAGAAAAACAAAAAUGAAGGGAAAAAAGACUCAACAAAUUCAGAAACUCCUGUUCAGUAUAUUCAGAUCAUUGAAACUAAGAAAGCACAAAAUCUAGCCAUUCUAUUACGAGCACUGAAUGUAACAACAGAAGAAGUUUUAGAUGCUCUUCAAGAAGGUAAUGAGCUUCCUGUAGAUCUUCUCCAAACUCUCUUGAAGGUCCAACCAACAUCAGAAGAGGAGUUGAAGCUUAGGUUGUAUAGUGGUGAUGUUUUAUUACUCGGCCCGGCUGAGCGGUUCCUCAAGAUCUUGGUUGACAUUCCAUUUGCUUUUAAAAGAUUAGAGUCAUUGCUCUUCAUGUGCUCCUUCCAAGAAGAGGUCUCUAGUGUCAAAGAAUCCUUAACAAAUUUAGAGGUUGCUUGCAACAAACUCAGGAGUAGCAGGCUAUUCUUAAAGCUUCUAGAAGCAGUUCUCAAAACCGGGAAUCGAAUGAAUGAUGGUACCUAUCGCGGUGGAGCACAAGCAUUUAGGCUUGACACACUCUUGAAAUUGGCUGAUGUUAAAGGAACUGAUGGAAAGACAACACUUUUGCAUUUUGUUGUGAAGGAGAUCAUCCGUUCCGAGGGUGUAAGAGCUGCAAGAACAGCCAACACAAGCAGAAGCAUGUCUAGUGUGAGAACAGAGGAUUUUGCAGAGGAGAUCAACGAGGGAGCAUCCGCAGAGCACUAUCGAAGCCUUGGUCUAGAAGUGGUUUCGGGUUUAAGCAAUGAGCUUGAAGAUGUUAGAAAAGCAGCAGUGGUAGAUGUUGAUUCUCUUACAUCUUCUAUAUUAAAAAUGGGGCAAUCAUUGCAAAAGACAAGAACAUUUGUAAAUUCUGAGCUGAAUAAUAUGAAUGAUGAUUGCGAAUUCUAUCGAACUCUAGCUAGUUUCAUUGAACAAGCGGAAGCUGAUUCAACAAAACUGCUAGAGGAAGAGAAGAGGAUAAUGGCUCUUGUGAAGAGCACAACAGAUUACUUCCAUGGGAAUGCAGGUAAAGAUGAAGGCCUACAUUUGUUUGUGAUUGUUAGAGACUUCUUGAUCAUGUUGGAUAAAGUAUGUAGAGAGGUUAAAACUUCUUCAGCUAAGCCUACAAGGAAUUCUAACUCAAGGAAAGACAUAACAACAAAGCCUACAUCUCCAGAAACUAGCCAUUCACUCUCAGAUGUUCGUCGACGACUAUUUCCAGCCAUUGCUGGACGGCGAAUGGAAGAUUCUAGCUCAGAUGAAGAUACUUAAUCUUUUCAACUCAUGAAGGAGGGGCUUGAAAUUUGGCAUUAUGGUGACAACAUGAAGACUUUGUUAAGCAACUAGUCCCCAUGUGUGUUAUUUCUAUGAUUUAGGCAACAAAAUAUGAAGCUUCAAUUCCAUUUUUGGCAUUUUUUCUUCUUAAUAUAACCAAGUCCCAAUUCAUGGAAACAAAGGAUUUAAUGUGGAAAAGCCAUAAGUCCCCUAUAUCCUAAUUACAACCCUUUGUCAUUUUUUGCCUUACCUUCCACCUCUUUCAUUUUAUACUCUUUGUAAGAACAAAGUGCAAUUAGUUUAUAGUUUAUUUUUGGAGUAUAUAACAUUUUUCUAUGAAA